AAUCCAGAUCAUGAUGUCCAGCACACUAACAAAAAAACUGUUUAUUCAGCACAAUCAAGCUUCUCCUCAAUAGACAUCCAUGAAGAAAAAAACCGGCCUCCGAUCUCCCAGUGUACCGCCCAUACUGUCUAUUGGACUGAUUUAAUGGUAGAAGAGCUCUGUGGUCGGCGCAAAAAAUAUCCUUCAAUUAUGAAACCAUUUUUUAUUAAAAUUUUAAAAUUAAACACAAAUACUAUUCUAAAGGUAUCAAUAAAAGUAAUACAUAAAAACUAAGGUAGCAUUUGUAUAUUGAUUUCUCAUCUACAUGUUGUCUUGGUACUAACCGGAAGCGGAAAAAGCGAGGGAGCGGUUGACAGCUGCUGAUCUCAAGAGCUUCACGAGCAAAACAAUAAAACAUUUUCAAAUAUGGAGCUGUGUGAAAUAUUAUACAAUAAGGCAGAAUACAUCGAGACGGCGUCGGGCAAUAAAGUGAGCAGACAGUCCGUUCUUUGCGGCAGUCAAAACAUUGUACUCAAUGGAAAAACUAUUGUGAUGAAUGACUGUAUUAUCAGAGGAGAUCUUGCUAAUGUCAGAGUUGGGCGACAUUGUGUCAUUAAAAGUCGUAGUGUAAUCCGACCACCCUUUAAGAAAUUCAGCAAAGGUGUGGCUUUCUUCCCCCUACAUAUUGGGGACCAUGUUUUCAUAGAGGAGGACUGUGUUGUCAAUGCUGCACAGAUAGGAUCAUACGUCCACAUUGGCAAGAACUGUGUGAUUGGUCGACGCUGCGUCUUAAAGGACUGCUGUAAGAUAUUGGAUAAUACUGUCCUUCCUCCAGAGACAGUGGUUCCUCCAUUCACAGUAUUCUCUGGCUGUCCAGGUUUGUUUUCAGGAGAGCUCCCUGAAUGUACACAGGAACUGAUGAUUGAUGUUACCAAAAGUUACUACCAGAAAUUCCUCCCUCUCAGCCAGAUCUAGGACCAAAAACACUAAUAAACUGUUGCUGCUGUUACAUACUUGCAGUAAAAAAAUACCUAGCUUUGAUCAUGUCCAUGCUAAUAUAGAAAAGUAUAAAAUAUGUGAAUCAGUUACACACACAUCUCUCCUGUAUUUCAAAAAGGUGUGUUUAUAUUAAUGCAUCUUAUUUUAUGCCAUUGCAACACAGCAGUCUUAUUUGCAAUG